CUACAGCAGCAGCCGCCAAGAGGAGACAGAACGCGAGAGAGACUGGUACCGCUGCUGUGUCGGGGACAAUCUGCUGUCGAUGCUCCACCGAACAUCUUAAAGAGAGAAGAGAAGCCGAGGCGCAGCACAGUCAAUAAGAAACACUACAAGGGAGGUUUGCGAAAGAAAGCAAUAGGAUCACUUUAUACCGGCAAACAGUGCCUGCAGUAUCCCUCCACACACCCACACCUUCAUGUUGUGGGAUUAAUGAGUGUAAAGAGAGACACCAGUGCGUAAAGUUGAUGAGCUGACCCCGUCUCCUGCUUUCAAAGUGAACAUUAUUCCUGUUACUGUUACCCCGAGGUCCCGGCUCCAGCGUGGAUUUUAGAGCCCAUCAGUGUCUUUGUCUGUGGAUGAGCGAGGCUUGUUGGAUGGUAAGCUUUCCAGCGGAGCGUGGCUGGGAUACAUUGGAAGGGUCCCUGUGAACGUGCCACAUGCGUGUGGAAGAUAUGGAUUUGCUUUUGCUAUAGCAAAGAUUUGCCGCGGUUUUUUAAAAAUAUUCAUUUUUCAUUUUUUGACUGUGCGUGCUGUUUUGCUGAUAUUAUUAGAUUUUUUUUUUUUUCUACUCUUAAACGACCGCAGAGAUUUCAAGGCUCAUCGUGCGGAAUUACAACCAUGAACUUUGUUGUUAGUUUGGUACACAUCCUUUUGGCAGCGGUUCUUCACCUAUCCACUGUAAAGACUGCCAGCAUUAACAAGGAAGUGGAGAAGAGUAAAAAUGAGGUUAUCCUUCUCACAGAAGUCAUCACCAAGAGUUUAUGUCAGCCCAGGGAGAUGCUGGUGGACAUCUUCCAGGAGUAUCCGGAGGACACAGAACACACCUACAUUCCUUCCUGCGUGGUCCUCAACCGCUGCGGAGGCUGCUGCACUGACGAAGCAAUGGAGUGUGUAUCUACGGAAACCCGCAACGUCACGUUGCAGGUAAUGCGUUACAGACCAAUGGUAACGCAACAUACUAUUCACUUAAGUUUCACAGAGCAUCAAAAGUGUGAAUGCAGACUAAAGCCAGAGGUUCAAGCAAAGAAAGAAUACCACUGUGCGCCUUGCUCAGAGAGAAGGAAGCGCUUGUUUGUGCAGGACCCUCUCACCUGUAAAUGUUCCUGCAAAUUCACACAAUUAGACUGCAAGUCCAGGCAACUUGAGUUAAACGAAAGAACUUGCAGAUGUGAUAAACCGAGAAGAUGAGACCAGCAACACUGUUAUGAAGGAGUUAUUUUCUUGGCUCAGCACUUUGAAACCUGAGGAUGCAUUCCCUGCAAGGACACACAAUGACAACGCAAGACAGGACAUUCUUAACGCAGUUCUUGCCACUUGCCACUGAUUUCCGCCUAAAGAUAUUAAUAUAUAUGUACAUAUACUAUAAGUACAUCGACAAUGUGUAUUGCUGCUACAUAAAAAGACACUAUUUAAAGCGAAACGAAUGCGCCACUGGCGUGUGAAUGGAAAAUGUUUCAGUGGUGUUCUGCUCAUGGGUAGAAUUGGUAGAAGAAAUCUGUUAUUUGUAUGUAACAUUUCACUGGAUGCUGGUCUGCUGUGGAUAUGAAUCUCUUAAAAUAUUUCUUAGUAACAAAAACGAGCAGUGCAGCAGAAGCCGAACUCACCUCCGAACUCUGACAGAAGAGAGACUAAGGGGAGAUGGAGGGAGGACGAAGAGGAGGAGGAGGGGGAGGAACGCCUGUUGUACUUGAACUGAAUUACAGGUCCAAGGACUGUUUCCCUCUGUGACAUGAUGUGAAGCUUUGUCCCCACUGUAUGGACUGACUCCAGCCGGUGUGAAAAUACACCUUCAAAGUCUCUCGGAGUUUCCUGAAGUGACUGUGGAUGCAGGUUAUGUGCCGUGGUGACGGAUAAUGUGAAGAUGACCUUCUUUCCUUAUGGAAGGGUUACGUGACGAUGGCAAGAGCUGAACUAAAGCGAAGCUAAUGGUGAAGUUUUAGCUAGUAAAAAGAUUUUAUUAAACAAAAUAAAUAAAUGUUAGGGUUUGUGUAAGGCCUAUCCCUAAGUAUGGCCAAGUAAACAACGUUAAUGUUGGACUUAAGGGUAGGACAAGAGUUAGGAAGUCGAAGUUUCCAACAUAAAGGUAAGAAACCACUACCUGUUUCUGGUCCUGCCUCCUUCAUGUAACCCUUCCCCGACGGGAAAACAGAUGUGCACAGAGUUAAUUAUUUACAUUAUGAGGUAUUGUGUUCCUUUCACAAAAUGUCUUGAGACCAGGUUGUUUAAAGGGAUAUUUCUGUAGGUAUAUAUGGAGACAAGUUAGACAGACUGAUCACAGGUCAGAUCAGCACCUCACUGUAGAAAUCCGCAACCUUCCAGUUUCCUUAUUUAAUGGCUUUGUGUGUGUUCCAAAGAAAUAGUCAGGCAUCCACACCACAGUAGUUCACCCUAAACGAUCUGUAUAUACUUACUAGAAAUCCCUUUGUCUAGUACACUACAUUUAAUUUAUAGAAUAUGCUCAGUAUUCUGUAUUCUGAUAUUUAUAUGCAGUGUUAAGGUUAUUUUUUUUUAUUGUUUUCAAUCUGUCCGGAGAUUGAAUGGAGAACAUGUAUGACUGUAGACUCCUUUUUUUGUGGGGAAAAAGGACUGAAAGACAAUGCUUUGACAUUCCUGAUUUAAACUAAAGCUGUGUUUCUCACCAGCUAGAGGUGGAUCAUGGUGGGCCUGUUGACCGAUAGAAACCCCAGCCACCAACAUGUGCGUGAAUGAUGCGCCAACACAGGUGUUUUUCAUUUUGGUCUGGGCCGAUGGACAUGUGGUUUUGCACUUGUGGGCCCAAAGGCACGUCAUAUGGAGGACUGAAGUCGUCUCGUUGCUGCUACUCAGCUCGGACCUAAUUUAGUGAAGAAUGUCCAAUCAGACAGGCCUCUAGUCUGACGGUGGUGAACUGGCACAGUGUUUUCUCUAACUCCAACCCUUACAUAACCACCUCAUUCGCACGUAAUACACUGAUGUGUGGUUCAGUAGGAUACAGCCACUUACUGCAAAUGUAAACAUUUCCUUUGAUGCUAAACUGUUAACAUAUGAGAAGAAGACCUUCAUCAUUGAUGAGACAUAAUAGAGGAAGAAAUAGGAUAUAAAGUUAAGUUAUGUUGGAAGGUACAUAUUUUAUUGUGAAGGAUAAAGAAACAUGUUACAAUAAGAACAUUAAAAAAAAUACUAUACAUAUGUUAUAUAAGAUAAAAUCAUUUGAAAUAAGUUAAGGUCACUGUAAUACAGUAUGUGCCUCCAUAUAUUGUGUAUAUUAUUUUAAAUAUGACCAUGAGAAAAAUAAUUUAGUUCUGACAUUCAUCCCAGUUCUAUGGAGCCUGGCAGGUGCCGGGGUACUCAUGUCCGGUAUGAAGACAUAUGAAAUUAUUAUUUAUUUGAAGGAACGGAUUACUUAUUUGUGUGCACUAUUAAUUAAAAGGUGUGAACUCCUAAUUGUACUACCUGCGAGGCUCUGUACAAUAUGUCAGGAAUGGUCAGAAGACGGGUCAAGACUCAAAGUCAGUGAUUCUGACUUCAGACUCAGAUUUUAGUCCUUAUUCCACAGUAUAGUGACCCAAGACAUAUUUCAUGAAUCCUACCUGUGUUUCUAUUAGUGCCAGCUGUACCACUGCUGUUCAUGUGAACUGACCUUCUGUGCUGCCACCCUCAAACUUGAGGCCUGAGAGUGUGCUCACUGAGACAUGCUGCUGGCUCAGUGAGCACACUCUCCAGUUCUCAGAACAUUCUAUUUGUAUUUAAAUGACAGACUUGUUCUUGAGUUUGUACAGCCACAUAUUUUUUAGUAUAUUUUCACAUUAAUAUAUUUAUUGGUGCUGUAAAAUGUUUUACAAUAUUAAUACUCUUUUUGUUUUUAGUGUAAGUAUUAAAAAUAUUUAUUUUGAAAAACAA